AGGCCAACUGAAAAAUAGUAGAGCAGUUUGUGAAACUCAAGGGAAAAGGGGACCCUUUGUUCCAUAGAUUUUAUUCACAUAAUUAAUGGACGCAUCAUCAGCAAAAUGGUUUUCGGAUUUGGGAAUGGAUGAUUACAACUUCAUUCAAGAAGGGUUUACAGCACAGGACAUAGCAACUGCACUUGGGGGAAAUUUCAAACAAUCUUUCUCCAAUGAGAGUUAUUCAUCUUAUUCAACUCUGACUACCCAAAAUACCCCCAACACCACAUUAAGUGGUGGUUCAUCUAUCAAUGAGACUAAUUCUCAGACGAGCUUUGAGAGACCAGCCAAACUGGUCAAGACCAACAACUGGAACUCUGGCAUUACAGAACAUGUUUCACCAAAGCCUUCUUCCAAUUCUUCUUCCUCCCAUAUUCUUUCUUUCGAGAACGCAAACUUGAAUUCCUCACCACCUUCCAAGCCUCAUCAGAAGUUUUCUAAUGGUUUUGACACCCUGAAGCCAAAAGAGGAGGCACCAUCCCAAAUAUGUAUGCAGUUUGAGAACCAAGGCUAUGGAACUAAUAAGAGGCCUUACUCAAUGACUAGAACACCAUCACAUGCUCAAGACCACAUAAUGGCUGAGAGAAAGAGAAGAGAAAAGCUCAGUCAGAGAUUCAUAGCUCUUUCUGCCAUCGUUCCUGGCCUAAAAAAGAUGGACAAAGCUUCUGUUCUUGGAGAUGCAAUCAAGUAUGUGAAGCAGCUCCAAGAAAGUGUCAAAGUUCUUGAGGAACAGACCAAGAAAAGAACCGUGGAAUCUGUGGUAUUUGUGAAGAAGUCUCAGCUGGUCUCUUCUGAUGAUGACACUUCUUCAUGCGAUGAGAACUUUGACAGUCGCUGCUCUGAUGAACCACUCCCGCAAAUUGAAGCAAGAGUUUCAGAGAAGGAUGUAUUGAUACGAAUUCACUGCGAAAACCAGAAAGGAUAUGUGGUGAAAGUUCUAAGCGAAUUAGAAAAUCUUCAACUAUCUGUGGUUAAUAGCAGUGUCUUGCCAUUUGGAAAGUCCACUCUAGACAUAACCAUUGUUGCUCAGAUGGAUGAUGAAUUCAACAUGACGGUGACGGAUCUUGCCAAAAGCUUGAGAGUGGCUCUAUUGAAGUUCAUGUGAUAUGCUAUGGAGCAUGGUCAUAUGUUGUGAGGAUAAUAAAUAUAUCGUCAACCUGUACAUGGUCUAGUAGCUUGCAAAAUCAGUCAUUAGCUCUCAAAUUAGCUGCAGUGUUUCUUUUUCCGACCUCUGGAGACAAGUCUAGUAUGCCUUUGAAUCUCUCCCUCCAAUUUUCAGACCAAUAUCCACCAUUUGGGUCCAUUGCCACAGCUUGUUUUUGCCAUUAGGGUUUCUGUAUGUAUUUGCUGGAGGGUUUUUGUUCUUAUUUUUGCGUGGUGGACUUGCUGCUACCAUGUUGACUUACCCACCGGCCGUGACAAGGAAACCCCAGGGCCUGAAGAUUUAUUUGCUUCUUUUUUGUGAGGUUUGAUUGUUCAUUUGGUAAUGAAUACCUCUUCCCUCUUAUCGUUUCUGGCUUUGUAAUGAAUCCAAAACAUGGUCUCUAAUUUGUGGUUGCUUCAACUCUUUUUUAUGUUGUUGGCCUGAUUAGUGAUGAGUUAUCAGUCAGGCUCGAUCAUGUAUGAAUUCUUCCUUCAAUCUAAGCUGUUUUUCUUUGUCAAGCC